AUGUUCAAAACUGCCGCUGGUUACUUUUUUCUUCAAUUAUCUCUUACUGGACUUGUAAUCAACUUGGUUUCUUUGAUUCCAUUGAUAAGGAUGAUGAAGAGAGGAGAUACCCAAUUUGUUUAUCUAAUUGCAAUUAUCACAACUCUCAAUGCCGCGAUAAGUUUGUUCAUAAAUUGUGUAUAUUUUGCUCCAACAAUUAUAGCCAGCCAUUACAUUUUUGCUGAUACUGUUAACGCUUUGGGACCCAUGAUCAUGACUAAUAUUGUUCAGUUUUCCUGGUACAAUGGAUUGUUUCUUAUGAUUCUAAUGGUGACUAACCGAAUCGUUUAUUUGGUGUUGAAGAAAACUGAAAUUUUCACUAAACAACGGAUAAUAAUAUUCUGUGUUUUGGCAGCCGUACUUUCUUUUUUCAAAAUCCUUGUCAAUGAUUUUGUUAUUCCCUGUUGUAUCGUUUACCUGGACCACGAGAAGUAUGGCUACGCGAUUUACAAUCCCAAAAAUAAAACCGAUUGGAGUGGAUACAUUGAUUCAUCCAUUUCGAUCCCAGUGUUCGUAGGAACUGCUUUUUGCUACAUUGUGAUUUACAUCACUCUCCGUAACUCAGCCAAAGAAGAGAUGCAUCAAACCGUGGACAAGCAUCAACAAAAAAUGAGAGCUCGUGAACGAUCAGCGGCUGUUCAGUUUGCCUACAUCUCGCUUUACUAUAUGAUCACUUAUGCGACUUUACGGUUAACACCAUUAAUUUUCGGAGAGGAUCACUUAGAGACCAAUAUGAUUACUCCAGUUGUUUAUGCAUUGGAUGGAUGUGCGACUGGAUGGGUGUUCAUGUUUGUGAAUGAAGAGGUUAAAAAUGAAAUCUUCAAAAGGAUAUUCAAAAGCAACCAAGUUCAAUCACAAGAACCCGUUGGUAAUACUGAAACUAAUGUAAACGCUGCACCCGUCGCCGAUAACCCUGAAUGGAUGAUGUAUAACCAGAAUUUCACCUAA